UGCACACAGUCCCUGUGAAGUACAAACCAGGAAGUUUGGUCUUCCUUUCCUUUCACAACUCUUUGACAGCAAGUACAAACAGAGAAGAGCCCUUUAUGUUCAGCAGAACCCUAUGCUGUCGUCAACUAUUAGGUUGUGAAAGUUCAUUUUGACUUUCAUUCCUCUGGUGAAAGCAGUUGUGUUGGACAGCUUCUCCUGUGCAGCAUGAAGGCAGCAGCUCUUUCUGAAACAGCACAACAAAGAGUGAAAGUGAGAGAAGAGCCUUUGGAAAAAGGUGAUCAGGACAGAACAGUAAAUAUGACCUCAACGCAAUGGGUGAUCCAAGUUACGUACCUGAUUACAGCCGUGGACCUGAGCUGCAUGUUCAUGCAGAUUGGGAUUGUACCAUAUUUAGCAACAAGCCUUGGUUUGGAUGCAGUUGGAUUUGGUUACUUGCAAACACUCUUUGGUAUUCUUCAACUUCUAGGAGGUCCCAUAUUUGGGAGAUUUGCAGACCAGUCUGGAACCAGGGCUGCCUUAACUCUUUCAUAUCUAGCUGGAUCUUUGUGCUUCUUCCUUCUCUCUCUGUCCACCAGCGUCCCGAUGCUCUUUCUUUCCAGAUUUCCAUCCAUCUUUAUGCAUGGACUACCAGGUGCUCAGAUGGUCAUAACAGAUUUGACCACUCCUGCCAAACGUGCUGAUGCUCUAGGAAAACUUGGGCUCUGUUUUGGAGUAGGAAUAAUCGUUGGAUCUUCCCUUGGUGGCAUCAUGGCCACAAAUUUUGGAGUUUACUUUCCUUGCUAUGUGGCCCUAACUGGAUGCCUUCUGUGUGCUGCAAUUGUCCUCAUCUUUAUUCCUGCUCAGACAAAGCCACCAGUGAAAGGAGACACCACCCAAGAGAAGAGCAGUUCCCAGUCCAGUAGUGUCUUCAACCUCACAGAAAUCAUCCACCUAAUGAAGCUUCCAGGAGUAAUGGAUGUCUUUUUAAUCAAAGUACUUUCAGGUCUUCCUACAGGUGUGUUCCUGAUGAUGUUUUCCAUCAUAUCUAUUGAUUUCUUUGGACUGGAAGCAGCUCAGUCUGGAUAUCUGAUGUCCUAUUGUGGGAUCUUCCAAAUGGUUGUCCAGGGCUUAGUCACUGGAAAGUUAACUAGUCGCUAUACAGAGCGGGCUCUGCUCAUGCUGAGUGUCUUAGUCUUCUGUGGAGUUGGCGUUGGUAUGGUCCUGAUGACCAAUGUGUUCCAUUAUUGCAUCAUUGUGGCCCCCAUGGUCUCCUUCAGUAUGAUUGGCAUCAUUACUGACAUUAUCCUGACAAGUCCGUCCCUGCUUUGA